AUGAAUCCCAAGAUAAUAAUGGUAGCAGCCACUGCAAUAACAGUGCUUUUUGUCGUAGGUCUGUGGAAUCUUCUGCGAAAUCCUACAAUAAAGCAAGAAAAGAAAGCAGCCACAUCGCCAAAUGAGUGCAAAGCUAGACAGCUGAAUGUAAAAAAAGAUGCAGUUCAAGCGAGAAAGAGCUCAAUUGAAGCUGAUGUAAACAGCAAUGAAGAAAACAGCCAGACCAAUUUUAAUGUGUAUGGUGUUUUACAAACUAAUUUUAGCCUAGUCAAGGAAGAAGCUGAAUGUUCAUGCGAGAAAAUGGAUUCUGGCAUAGAGAUCCAUGAAGAUGAUAAUUGUGGUUCCGAUCCAGAAUUGUUGCAAUUGAAUAAAGUAGAUGAAUUCAGCAACAGAAUACCAAAGACACAGUGUGAUAUUGAAGCAAAAGAGAUUGAAUCUAAUUUUGAAGACAUUCUGGCUAUAAAUAUUUCUACCCUACCCAACAUUAGAAAUAUAAAAGAGAAUCCCACUCUUAAUACUUAUACUAUGAAAUCCCUUUUGGAUGUAGAAGAUGCAACUAAUUCACAGAAUGGUGAUGAAGAGGUAGAAGAGGAGGAAGAAUAUGAGGAAGAAUCAUCAGAGGAAGAAUCAUCAGAAGAAGAAGUAAAUGAGGAAGAAAACCCAUCUACCAUACAAGAUCAAGCAACUUCUGAAACUCCCAAUACACGUCCAAAGCGCUGUAUAAUAAAGGCUUUGCCGAAGAAUAAGAGAAGAAAGAUUUAUUCACCAGAUGGCUAUAUUAUUUUUGAUGGAUAUAGAUAUCUAGAUGUUCCUAUUCCACGAAAAAAACUUACUCGUACCCGAAAGUCAGUGACUUCAACUUCUGCUCGAAAGACUGUAGCUUCAACUUCAGUGCGAAAGGCUGUAGCUUCAUGUGGUGUACCAAAGGCAGCAGCCUCAAAGGCAGUGACUUCAUGUGAUGUACCAAUAGCAGCAGCUUCAACCUCAGUGCGAAAGGCGGUAGCCUCAACUUCUGCUCCAGAGACAACACCAACCACUAACUCAAAUAACCAGCCAGAGCGUUUAUCACCCCCUCCUGCAUACACUGGACAGCCGGAUUCCAAUGAGCAUCCUCCAUUAAUUCAUGGGCCAAUUGAGAAAGUGCUUCCUCAAAGCAGCUGGAAUCUAGAAAUUCCAAGUAAUAGUCACAAUCUAAAUUCCGUUAGAUUUGACCUAGGAGGUGAACCUUUUGGGAUUAGAACAAAUGUAACAUGUGAUUUUGGGAACAUUUUGUACCCAAAUCAAGAAGAAUCUACUCCAACUCCAAAAACCAAUCAAUUAGGAGAAGAUUUUUAUACUGAUGCAUCUAAGAUUUCGCAGAGAUAUAAAAAUGAACUUAAACCCUUGAAUGAUGCUUCUGAAACAAAGAUAACACCAGGGAAUCCUGCAAAUCCAAAAGGCAGAUCUGUAACAUUCGAUUUGGAGAAAGCCAAUCUUAAUAUAAAUGCCCCAGUUCCUGCACUAAGAAAAAAUAUACCUACCCCAAGUGCACCAGAAGAAAGUUUACUUGAGAAAAAUCUAUAUCCAGUAAUUGAGAACAAUCUAUAUCCAAUACUUGAGAAAAAUCUAUAUCCAGUAAUUGAGAAAAAUGAGAAAGAUAUUGAUUUAGUUGAAGUAGAUCCAUAUGACUACACGUCAGCUGAAAAUGUACAAGAAAGUUCAGCAGAAGCUGGACUCAGUGAUAAUAACUCGGAUGGUGUGACAACAACGAAAGAUAAAUCGAAGAAGAAGAAAACCAAAGGUUUGAUGAAAGGCGCAAUAAAAUCCAUCCUAGGAAAAAGGAAGAAUAAGAAUAGCGAGGAGGCAGAUGAAGCGGCAAUAAGUGGGUCAGAAGAAAUAGGAAAUCUUGAUCAAAGCACAAGCCAAAGUAGUAUGAAAUAG